AUGUACGGGGCGGGCAGCGACUCCGACGGCUACGGCGACCCGUACGGGGACCCGUACAUGAGCGACGACAGCAUGGGCAUGAGCGACGACGGCAUGGGCUUCGGCGGCUUCGGCCUGGGCUUUGCGCACACGGCGGCGUGGGCGUGGGUCUGCCGGUGCGGCCACGAGAACUCGGAGCGCAACCGGCGGUGCGGGCGGUGCAACACCUGGCGGUACCAGGGCGAGGUGCGGCGCAUCCGGUCGUCCAACGGGGCUUCGGCCUGGAACUGCCGGUGCUGCAGCAAUCACAACGACGCGUGGAAGCCGGGGUGUCUACAGUUCACCUUGCUGAGAUACUUCUGCCGCAUACACGCCUGA